UCUUCCCCCUCAUAGACCGGACCCCCCGACUGCAGCAAUGUGUCCCCUCCGUGUCCUCCUCCUCCUGUGGGCUCUUGUCUGUCUGGGCGGAGGAAAUGUCUCCGGUGUUCAGGAGGAAAUAUUCACCCGGCCGGGAUCUGACCUUCUCCUCCCCAUCAGACGCCAUCUCACCCUCAGCCAUACAGAUGGACGGAGCUGUGACCAGUAUGAAUGGACAUAUAAAGAUCCCUCCAGAUACAACGAGACCAGACUAGCCAGACACAGGGGGUGUAACGUGACUACAACUCCCCCAAUCUUCCCCAAUACCAGGACAUCAGAGAAUGGAAGUCUGAUAAUAGACGGUGUGACUCGGGACAAUGACGGGGUAUACAGAGUGGUAAUACACAACUCUACAGGAAGCUACAUACAGACAGAUGAUUACACCGUCCAUGUAGAAGUUCCAGUAUCGGUUCCGGUCCUGAAUGUCUCAUGUCUCCGGAAUGGCAGCGCUGAGAUCUCCUGCAGGGUGGAGGAAGGAACUAAGCCGGAUAUCCGUGUAUCUGUGAUUGGAGGAUCCCCGGGGAGUUAUUCUGCUUCAUCCAAUCACAUUACAGCCAUUGUGGGGUCACCGGGGCCCUGGAACAUCACCUGUUCUGUGGAGAAUCGGGUCAGCCGGUUGGAGAUGAGCAGAGCCGAGGUCACCUGUCCAGGAAUUCCGUCACGUUGGGGUCACCUCCUGUCACACGGUGCGGUCUGUGUCCUCUACACGGUUCUCCUCAUCUGUAUGGUCAAUGACCUGAGGAAGAUGAAUGGGAGUGAGAGGAGGACGAGGAGGAGAAGGGAUCGUACAGAGAUGGAAAUGGAACCAACUUACUAUAAUGAGAGGAACUGAAACCUUCAACCCGAUUGUCAGCCUGGAAGUUGUCUGAGGCCACAAACACGGCUACAGAAUGGAAAGGAAGUAACAGACGGUAGUACACGGUCAUAUCUGGGUC